CAUAUUAAGUACAUCAAGGUACGACAYCACAGGACAACACAGGAUUCCAUCAUUGAAAUCCUGGGAGAAUACGAUGAUCGAGUGUAUUGUUCGCCGAAUACUUGUAUCGUGGUCUCUCUACGAACUAGAUUUUGUCGUCGUGAAAAUUUCUGUCGUUCUGACAUUACCUUGUUCUCCUGCCGCAGAUGAAACUCGCUAUCUUUGCCACUCUCCUCGCCUCGGCCUCUGCCUUCGCCCCUGUCUCUGUCUCCCGGGCAUCUACCGCCCUCAACCUCGAAUACGGAGAGUWCGACGGACAACUUUGGGACAAUGACGCCAAGAAGGUCRUUUACGAAAAGUUCGACCCCAAUGCCCCUCGUUCGGUCAAMAACUUCAACCCAUUCGAAACCUUCGAAGGAAACUCGCCUGAUGCUUCUGGAUACUACCCUGGUGAGACUGGUUACAAAGAUCCUGCACGUGGGGAUGUUAGCUACGCCAAGAUGCUUAUCGAACGUGAAGAAAUCGAAGAGCGUCUUGCCAACCCUAAGCCUGGAUACAMUCCUGGAUGCCCUGGAUGCAAGAACUAACUUGUCUACACGAAGGCAAUAAAAUAUAAACGAUAGA